AUGGGGCAAGAAGAACCUUCAAAGAGACGAUUUGGAUAUUCCCAGCUUAUGCCUUGGACUAUUGCUUUCGUUUUUAUCUUACUUCUUGGCUCCUGGUUUAUUGCAAGCUCUUUGAGGAGUGCCUGGGAUUGCUGUCCCGUGGGCUGGCAGUCCUUCCAGUCCCACUGCUACUUGCCUUUCAAUCACAAGAACACGUGGAAUGAAAGUGAGAGGCUCUGCAGGGGGCUGGGGGCUCACCUGGCCUCCAUCAGCAAUGAAGCUGAGCAGAACUUUAUUAUUCAGUUUUUGGAUAGACGAUUUUCGUAUUUCCUCGGACUGACAGAUGAUAGCCCUGAAGAUCCUUGGUACUGGGUAGACGACACACCACCUAACCCACGCACGAAAUUCUGGAAUGAGGGCAAACCCAGUAACAAUCAGAGAGAAAACUGUGUUGCACUUGUCAAUGACCAAGACAAGUGGAUCAAGAAGGAUAUUUCUUUCAAGUCUUCAAAACUCAAGUGUGAGGAGCUGGAGUGA